GUUGAGCAACUUCUAGGUGAACUGAAGCGAGUAGUAAUGGCCUUCAUGUUUGUGCUUUUUGCCAUUUCCAUCUUCGUUCUCCUUCCUAUCGUAGGCUUUCUCUCCUUCAGCGUGUACGUUUUUUAUCGACACUGGCGUUACCAGCAUAUCCCGGGUCCAACAAGGGAUGGUUUCUUCUCAGGCAAUAUACCGUUUAUUCAAAACGAAACAAGACGCGUUCCAGGGAGCGGUAGGCUUAUUUUAUUAGUUCGCCUUUCGAAACAUCUAUAGGUCAAGGGGGUAGAUCUCGAAUUUAAUUUCCGUAAUGAGUUCAAGGUUUAUUAACUUCUGAACUCAGUUUAACUCAAUUUGGUAAACCUUUUCUAGGUAAUCGUAUGAUUUCGAGUGCAAUUUGGAUUUGGAGAGCCUAAGUGGAGAGCCGAAGUGAUUUAUUCAAAGAUAAAAGAAAAUUGCAUAAGCUCGGAGAACAAGUGCAAUUUGUAGGUCUCACAAGUUGAUUAUGAAUAUAACAAAAGAAUGUCAAAUAUCUUUGAAACUCAUAUGCUAUAUUCGCUUUCUUUUUUUUUUUUAAAGGUAUAAAUGCUUGUCAUUUUCAAUGGUAUCAGAAGUAUGGCCCACUGUUUGUUUUUUGGAUCUUUCAUGUACCGAUUGUAGUCAUUGUUGAUCCAGACAUGGCCAAGAAAGCCAUAAUCACAUUAAAUUUGCCAAAGGCAAGUCGUGUGUAUUCCAAAGUCGCCAGCGUGUUUGGGCAGCGUGUCUUGGGUCGCGGAAUUUUAACGGAGAUUGAUCAUGAAACCUGGCAUCGCAAACGAGCCAUGCUAAACCCAGCAUUUCACAGAAAGUAUCUGAUGAAUCUGAUGGAAUCCUUCAAUUCAGUUGGAGAAGAAUUUUUGGAGGAGCUCCGCAAAAAAGCUGAUGGGAAGACAUCAGUUAGAAUGGCAGAUGAAUUUGCAAAAGUUACCCUAGACAUCAUUGGAAAGGUAGGGAUUCCAUAGUGACCAAAUGUGACCAGUAAGAAAUUUUGAGUCAUGUGUACUGUGGGUAGUGGCAACCUAUAUAUCAGCUAAUGUAUUGACUGACUAUUGACCAAUAUAUGGGCUGACUAUCAACCAAUAUAUCGGUUGAAAGUUGGUGGAUACGUUGGAUGAUAGUCAGUCAACAGACAGACUGACCAUCCAUUGGAACUCAAUCACUGCAUCCACUGACAGGGGUCAAUAUGUGGCUUGUUGAGUGUUGACGUAGUGUCAGUGAUCUCUUGCUCAAGUGUUGGUAAUAUAUCUGUCAAGUGUUAGUAUAUCAGCAGAUGAUAGUCGGUGAUUACCUAUCCAUUGUCUAGUCUGUGUAAAGCACAUGAAACAGACUUUGAUCUUAACUUCUCUCAUUGACAACCUUACUUUGGAAGAUUUCCUCUUCCACAAAAAAAUCAAUUUGAUCUGUGACUGAAAAGCUGCAAGACAACAUCUCAGUCAAUUUUCAUCUGAGAUCUUGGUAUUGGAAGGCUUAAUGGAGUGGUACCUUUUUCUCUGUACUCCUGCAUCUUUGACUCCCAUCUCCCACCCUCCAUGACAAUCUUGUAUAGGUUCUAUAGUUUGCAAUCAUUUCUUCUAUUCUGAUAUGUGACCUUAGUAUACAUUUCAGGGGUGAUACUGAAAGGAGAAAUUACAAGCUCGUCAGUCUUAAAUGCUUAACAGGGUUACCAAACAGUAGAAAUAUUGAAAUAAAUGUUCUCAUUUUAGGUUGGCUUUGGAAUCAACCUUGGCACUAUAGCUGACCCUAAUUCUAAAUUUCCCAGUGCAGUGUCCAAAACAUUGAAAGGAAUAGAAUCAAGCUUUCGAAAUCCAUUCUGGAGGCUGCAGUUUUCCAUGUUUCCCUUUCAAAACUCUGUUAUUAAGAGCAUUAAAUAUUUGCGAGUCUUUGCUGCUAAAGUUAUUGAAGAGCGUUGCUCUGCAGUAAGGAAUGGAGAGGACACACCCAAAGAUGUCCUGGAACACAUCCUUAGAGAAGCAAUGGAAAAUCCUCAUUUAGAUAUAGAGGACUUAGUGGAUAAUUUUUUGACAAUUUUUUUGGCAGGUACAGCAAACCAUUUUUUUUUAAAGAUUAUUCAGUGUACAUUUAAUGUUAAUAGUACUUAGAAUUGUUGAUCAAAUUUCAUUCUUUCCAUUUUUAAUUGCCCAUCUGAUCCCUCAAAUAGGUGUAAAACAGAUAGCAAAUGAGGAUUAGCUACAAAUUUAUGAGCUUGAGUUGCUAUUCAUAAUUGGUUGUUGGGAAUAUUUCAGUGGUAUCUAUGUGAUACAAUAGGUCAUUUACAAAUUACCUCUGCCUCGUUUUCAAAACGAGGCCUGUAGCUCCACCAUUUGUAUGAAAAUGAGUUAACUUUGCAUGUGAAUAAAAGCUUAUAACCAAGUGAAAGGAUGAGCAUUGCUUUGAAGAUGAGGCCAACAGUAACUAAGAAAUGGGCCAUUGAAAUAAGGUGACCAUACUUAUGUACUUAUGAUGAUGCCAAAGUGUGAAACAAUGCUGACACAUUUUUAUAUUGAAAGUGUAGUUUUUGUAAAUUGUAAUUUUAAUUAACUUGCACAUGUAGUGGUAUGUAGCUGUAUUGUAUGCUGGCCUGGAAGGGACAUUGACUUCUGCAACCUUUUUUUUCCUUUUGUGCAACUUCUUUUAUUCCUGGUUACUUUUUCUUUUCUUCUGUGACUUCUUUUGGUUAAAAAAAAAAACACAACAACAACAACAACAAAAAUAAUUAUGGCAGUAUGAAACAUGGCUGAUGAGAUACAAUAAGGGUAGUGGGGGUUGCAGAUUAUAAAAAUUCAUUGGAUAAAAAAAGAAGUCAAAUGGUAGAAAAAGAAGGAGGAAAGAGAGGAAAUGCAAAAGAAAAAGGAGAAGCUGUGGAAGAAAAAAAAAAAGCCUUGCAAAAAAAAAAAAAAAGUGUCAUGGAUGAUUAACAUCAUCAAAUCUCUCUCCUUCUCUGGUCACCCUAAUUGAUAUAAAAUGUACCUUUUUCUUUAAAUAGGACAAGAGACAACUUCUAACCAGCUUUCAUUUACUUUAUAUGAGAUUCUUAAACAGCCUGAGAUUGAAAAACGGUAAGUGUAUGUUAAGGUUUUUAUUGGCUAUAUCCUCCUAGAAUUAGAUUUACAAGAUUCCAAAGCCCUAGCAUGUCAAAAAGAACUAUCUGCUCUUGUGGACAACAACUUCUCCUGAAGGCUUAAACCCAACUCUGGUAUAUAGAAGCUAUGCAUGUGUCAGUAAACAUGCCCUUUGAUAAGAUAAUCAGUAUUCAGUUUCAUGCAAGGUUCUAAUUAAAAAAUAACAUAAAUGUUUGCAAUGUUGAGUUCCGAAGGUUUUCAAAGUUUAAUUCUUAGGGUUUACAAGGUUCAAUUCUUAAGGUUUGCAAGGUUCAGUUCUGAGAUUCAUGUUCUCUUUCUUCACAGUGUAUGUGUAAAUUCAAAAUAUAUUUUAAAUGGUUGGUUUUAAACAAUUGCAAUCAUUAUGAAAUGUUUUGUUUUAUUAACAUAAAUGAAACUUGUGUGGUUUUUUUUUCCUCUAUAUAAACCAACAAUGUUUUGACUUUAAACUUCUGCCGUUAUCGCAUGAAAAUGAUAAGAAGAUAAAAGGUUACUCUCAUAUUAUACUGUUUUUCACUAGGAUUUUAAAGGAGUUGGAAGAAAUCCUUGGCAGCCGCAAUGAUUUAGAGUUUGAAGACCUAAGUAAACUUGAAUACCUUGGCCAGGUACUGAAAGAAGGUUUGAGACUCCACCCUCCUGUUGCUAGCAUCCAGAGAAUGUUACCAAAGGGGGAUUCUUUUGGUGGCUACAAACUCCCCCCAAACACCAAUGUGACUGUGAGUUAUAUUGGAAUCCAAAAGUCUUCCAAAUUUUGGGAAAACUCUGAUGUAUUUGAUCCAGACCGAUUUUCUCCAGUGCACAAAGAGAAUAUUUUACAGUCCAGUUAUUCACCAUUCUCUCUUGGACCAAGGUCGUGCAUAGGAAAAACAUUAGCUCAGGUUGAGGCUAAAGUCUUGAUGGCACGAGUGCUACGUGAAUUUAAGUGUGAACUGCUGCCUGGGCAAACUGCAGCAGAAGAAGAAAAUGUGACACUUAGGCCUAGAGAUGGAGUCAUAUGUACUCUAACCACAAGGAAAUAAUUGGUAAUUAGCUUUUUUAAUUUAGAUAGCAAAAGAAAUGAAGGAAAGACUUGAAUGGGCUUUUGACUUUUAUGAUUCUAGAAAUUCACAUUGAAUUUAUUAAUGAAUUGACACAAUUUAUUGUGCACCUUUAAUAAUUAGAGGUGAAAAUCUUGAUUGCAAAAAUACUGUAUUUCUUUGAAUAAGCACCUGGGCAUUCAUUUAAAAUUUCAGCUUAAAGAGGGGGGCACUUAUUAGAAGGGGAGUGCUUAAUUAAGAAAGGGUGCUUAUUAUAUUAGCAUAGCAACGCGACAAUAAUCAAAAGAGCAGAUUAAAAAACAAAGGUGGAGAACUCUGCAAGCACAUGGAGAUAGAAAUAACUGGAACAGAAAAGAAACUAUUCUCUUGCAUGGAUUCUGAAGGUUUAAUAGGUAAUGAAGAAUUGGCAAUGGAUGAAACAGGUUUUCCUUCUGUCUCCACUAUUUAAGGAAGGGGAAGGGGGGAACUUGUUUGAAAUUAUGGCCUAGGGGGGAGGCACUUAUUCAGGGGAAGGGGCUUUUUCAGGGAUACACAGUAUUCACUUUUUCAAAAAUUUUAUUACAUGUCAUUUAUCUCUUUCUACAAACAAGUACCAUGAUUGUAAACUUUUAUAGGUUGGAAGAUACAUUCACAGUUGAAUAGACAUUUUUGUUUUGAAUUUAUAAUUAUUAGCCCUUGUUGUCGUGUCAAGCAAAAUAUUCUUUUAACCCUUUAACUCCCAUGAGUGACCAAGACAGAAUUUCUCCCCUACAUAUCAAUACAAUAUCAACCAGAUAAGUGAUGAGAGUAAAGAAAAAGAUCAAUUUGGGGAUAAUUAGUUGAUCCAAUACUAAAUUCUCUGAACUAACAUAAUAAGAAUUGUAUGGGUUACAGUAAGGAGAAUUACAAAUUUGGUCUGGGAGUUAAAGGAUUAAAUUCUGAAGAUGUGGUUGACACAAGUUAGGUUGGUGAAGUCUGUACGUGAGCUAAGAAGCUCAUCCACCCCAAGCUUAUCCCAGUUUUCUCAGCACAUAGUCACUAGGGUUUAUUACCGUUACUCCCCCCUUGAUGGAAUUCCAGUUCAUUGCAGGGUUCUUCAGGCUUCCCUGACAAUUUGCUGGUACCCACCUAUACUCCUGGGUAGAGAAAGGCACUGUAAGAGUAAAGUGUAAUAUACAGAUUUAGCCAAGCCUAAAAGUGGAGCUCUCAUUUUUUUUUCCUGCACGUCUCAAGGGUACAACGCCUUGCCUCGGCCAUGACUAGAACGUGGGUUGUCUGACUUGGAGCCCAGAGCACUGACCACUGGACUACUGAACAAAGCCAUGGCAUUGGCGUGCCUGCAGUACAGUUGACCAUGCAUGUCAAAAGUAGCACCUUGUACGGUUGUACAUCCAAAUUUUUUUGGCUUGAUGGGCUACUACUAUUUUGUAUAAUUAUGAGGCUAUGCUCUGUGAACUCUGCUAUUACCCAGGAACACAACACAAUUACCCAGCCAGGUCUUGAGCUCAGACCUCUUGACCUGAAGUCCAACACCACUAUCCUAUGCCUCCAUGUUCCUUGGCCCUCCCUGCCUUGUUUCAAGCUUUAAAUUAAUUUGAAAUGGUAAAAUAAGGUAGAGGCAUAAAGAGCUACUUUCCAUAAAUAUAACAGAAUUCUUUAUUUGUCAUUUUACUGGAAGAAGGUUGAUAAUUUUCUUUGUUACCAAAUAGCAGACCAAACUUUUAAUUAAUAAAAGCAUUAAUUUCAAAAGAUCAACCUCUUUUGCUAAAUAACGUUAUCUUGUUGAAUAAAACAUCUACCAUAAUAGAGUGCCCAUUUUAUGUACUUUAUUCUGGUUGCAAUUGUCAGUAGUGAUAUUGUUACGAUAAGUUCCUGAAUGGUCCCUAGAGUGAAGGAAUUUAUUACUAAGCUAAUGUUUUGCUUUACCCAAUCUUUUUUUUGUGUGUGUAAAAGCUAAAAUGAGCAACCAUGACCAUCUACACAUCAACCAUGCUUUAAAACCUUGACCUUGUACAACUUUUCUCCUUUGCCAUUCGCUUGCAAAAGCGAACCAUUUUCCUUAAAUACCUCCAUAUUCAAAGAUAUAACACUUGUAUUCUGCUGGAAAGAUUUGACACAGCCAGGCAAGGUUUGAAUUCUCCACCCCAAGGCACUUAUGACAACUUCAAAUGCCUGUGGGUUGCCUGUGAGGCAAGGAGAGGGUGUUGUUGAA